AUGUUCAUCAUCUUAUGUGUGGUGUCUUUAACUUUAGCAAGGCUCGUACAGGUCGACUUUUCCAGUGUUAAUGAAACACUUUCAGACUUUUUUAUUUACAUCGGGUACAACGAGUACAAUGAACAACGAAGAAACCUUCCAGUCUUUUUUAAAAGAGACGACAAGAGUUACUUGACCUUCGAGUCCAGUUUAUCAAUCGUUCAAAACAGGACUUUUAUCUUCAAUGUGUCAGAAGUCAAACGCGUUCAGAUUAUUGACAUGAGGGAAACAGUCUGGUUGUUACACGACAAAGAACUGCGACUUAUAGACAUAGUCUCAGACCCUCCAGCCGUUACGUUGGACUCAGUCUUAGACGGGCAGUUUGACGAAUUAGCACCAAUGACAUUUCACCAUUACACUGUCGAUAACACAAAGGAAUUUGACACUCUUUUUACCUGUUUAAACGGGAAAUUAGCAGGUAUAAAAAUCGAGACGUUAACUCAAAAAAUCCAAACUAAUUAUAAAUGUGGAACUUAUUUAAAUGCAGGUUCUAGUUUUAUCGCAAUGAAGCGACAAAAAGAAGUUGAAGUUUACCGGUACUAUCUAACCGAAGAUGAAUAUUACUCGUAUGGGCACGUUGAACUCUACAAAAACAUAUCAGUGCCCGACGCUUACCACUCAGAGACGUUUAUAUAUGACCCAAUUAAAAUAACAAGAGACGACAGUGUGUAUGUCCCAGUCUCCGAUGAAAAUAUAGUCUAUGUCUUCGACAAGAAGUCAAACUACGAAACUUAUUCGACUCUUAUUGUCCCGUUUUAUCGCGAAAAUGAAAUCGACUUCCUUAAACCACUCGAUAAAACACCAUUUGAGAACAUUUAUUCCUACGGACAGAUUAUUCUCUUCGGCACACCAGGGUAUAGUACAGACGAUCUGUCUUAUUGUGGUGGCGCGUAUGUAAUUUUCGACGCUGUUUUGGAUUCAAGUGAAGUCGUGCGAUUCAGGGAAAUCCUCCAUUUAUAUGGCAAUCAUCAGAAUGCAUAUAUGGGCUAUUCCGCGUGUCUUUCUAAAAACAGUGUGUGGGUGGGUGGGUUGUUUGGCCCUCACUACAACUAUCUAUACGACGACCAAAGUUAUUCGAUCAAAAAGAUCAAUCAACAGUAUUGCAAAAACAGUCUGUGCCAGUGUCCAAAUUACUUGAAUUACAGUAAGGGAAUUUGUCUACACAACUCUACGGAUUUCGCAGACAAGGAUUACAUCAUCAUUGGUAGUUCUGCUGGUGGUGUAUUACUCCUGUUGAUCCUCAUCGUCGUCGUGGUCAUCGUUGCCAUCUUAAUUCCAAAGCGAAAAAAGAGCAGCAAAUUCCGUCUUAAAAAUUACGAG